GAGGAGCAGAGUGAGAUAAUUAUUUUUAAUAAUAUUCUGUUUCAGUUUUUUGAAUAAAUCUGUCCCACUUCCACUGGAGGCAUUAAUGGAGUAAAUGCUGGAAGUACUAUACUAACCGAGAGGAAAACAUAAAUCCCAGUUCACAGUGUGGUGUGCUCUGAUAGUGAGAGCCCACCCAGCAGAGCAAGAUGGCUCCGCUCAGUACCACUAAUAAUCUACACAUUUGACGUGAUAUUAUUUACAAUAAAUCCAACUAUUAAUUACUUAAACAGUAACACAUUAUCAUCAGUAGAAGUUCUGUUGUUUUAUAGACUUAUUAAACAAAUAUUAUUUUUUGGUAAAUAAGUGUAAUAAUAAGGUAAUUGUGGAUUUAAAAUAAAAAUUAACAAGAAAACGGCCGGUUGGCGUGCCAGACAGGUAAAUUAACACAGUGCCAUUCUCAAAAUCACAUUGCUCAUUAUUUGAAAUUAAAUAAUUAUUAAGCGUGUAAUCGUGCUCUUUAAUAGUGAUUAAUUAAUUAUUUAACUAAAUAAUAGAAAUAAUAUAAUAAAAAAUUGAUAAUAAUAACAAAUGCAACGAAUUUUUUUAAAAUAUAUCAAUGUGAUGUUACGAACAAGAAUUAAUGAGUGGAUUAAGUGAUGACAUCUAAUUAAAAUGAGGUACAAUAAUAUUAAUCAUAAAAUUAAUAACUACCAUAAUAACAAUAAUAAUAUUAAAUAAUAAAAUUAAUAAUAGUAAUAUUACUAUUAGAGUAGUGAUUUUAGAAACAUAAAAUGGCAAAAAUGUUGCCAAAAGGGACUUUUUUAAAUUUUAUAUAAAGAUUGCAAUACAACGACCAAAGAUAGUUAAAGCUGCAGAGACUUGAGAGUUAACAAUAAUUGUUGGGAUGUGCUGGCCAUAUUGUGUCUAAGAGAGUUAACAUUGAAAUCCAGUGGCGAGUGAUAAUAAUUUUGCUAAUUAUAAACAGCUAGCUAAUUAAAUUAAGCUGAAAAAAAUUAUUAUAACAAUUAUUAUAGUUAUAACAACAAAUGAGUUUUAACAUGGCACGUAAAAGUGAUAAUGUUAAGUGUAUUAACAUUGCGGUCGUUGGUUUGUCUGGUACUGAAAAAGACAAAGGACAAGUUGGAGUUGGGAAGUCAUGUCUUUGCAAUCGAUUUAUGAGAUCACUUAGCGAUGACUAUAGUGUUGAUCAUAUUUCUGUCUUAUCACAGUCGGAUUUCAGUGGUCGUGUUGUAAAUAAUGAUCACUUUUUAUACUGGGGAGAAGUGACAAAAGUUGCUGAAGAUGGAACAGAGUAUCAAUUUCAAGUAAUAGAACAAUCAGAAUUCAUAGACGAUGCAUCAUUUCAACCAUUCAAAGGCGGGAAAAUGGAGCCGUAUGCCAAGCGAUGCGCUGCUACUAAAAUAACCAGCGCUGAAAAAUUAAUGUACAUUUGUAAGAAUCAAUUAGGAAUAGAGAAAGAGUACGAACAAAAAGUAUUGCCUGAUGGUAAAUUAAAUAUCGAUGGUUUUUUAUGUGUAUUUGACGUUAGCGUGGUACCGAAUCGUUCAAUAGAAAAACAAAUAGAAAUAGUAUCGAAUAUUCUGAAUAAUUUGAUAAAAACUAAAAAACCAAUUGUAUUAGUGACUACCAAAAACGACGACGCUAAUGAACAGUACGUAAAGGAGGCUGAAAAAUUAAUAUCACGCAAAGAGUACAAGAGUUCUAUUUCUGUUGUCGAAACAUCAUCUCACGAGAACAUAAAUAUUGAUGCUGCAUUUCUAGUCCUGGCACAAAUUAUUGAUAAAACUAAAGUUAGGAGUAAGAUAAUACCUUUUAGUGAAGCCGCUAGAUUAAGAAAAGAGCUAUUAGAUGCUUCAACAGAAUCCUUGCAAAGAUUAAUUCGUAUACAUGUUACGGAUUACCGCGCACUAUGGUCACAAGCUUCGAAAAAACUUGCUCAGCACAAAGAGUUUAAUAACUUUGUUGAAUUGUUUGGUAUCGACGCUACGCAGAGGCUAUUCAGGCGACAUAUUAAAAAGUUGAAGGAUGAACAAAUAGCCAAAAAAAUACAAGGGUAUUUAGAUAUGUUGCCAGAUAUUCUUCAUGAAAUUUGUCCUGACAUUUCCAGUCUUAUUAAUGAAGAAUGGUCAACAGUACAACAAUUUAUAAAAGAACAUCCAGAUUUUCAUCAACACUUCUACGAAUGUCCUGAAGACAUAUCGUGGAUCGAUUACGACUUUGGUGAAAAUAAUACCUCAAAAAUUCCAUAUGAAGUUCUUGAGACACCGGAAGCUGAGACAGUCUUUAAAAAUCACAUCAACGCUUUGCAACAGGAACAAAGACGUUUAGAAUGGAAAAAGCAAUUUAAACAAUUGCUAGAGGAAACUGGGUACGUAACGCCUGGAAAACAUUUGUCAGAAGUACGAGUACUAUUCAUGGGUCGCGAAUGUUUUGAAGCACUUUCUCAUCAUGAUUGUCAAGAAAUUUACGAGCAACAUCAGAAAGAAAUAAUUGAGAGAGCUAAACAUAAUUUUCAAGAACUUUUACUCGAGCACGCGGACUUGUUUUAUCACUUUAAAAGCAUAGCUCCGUCUGGCACUAUUACGCAAGAUGAUAUUAAGGAAAUAACAGACGCUUUAAUAGAUGACUUUAGGUACAAGACAUUGGAUAGACUUGAUCAGGAUAGAAAAUUGAUGCUUUUCCAACAUCUUGGUUUCGUUCAUUGUCCAAUUAGAGAACAUUGUCCGGCAUUUCCCAACUGUAUGGAUGCUCUUAUUGAAAGAAUACUUGGCACUAAGGCUCACAGACCGUCAUCAUGGAAUCACAGCAGUCAAUGGCAAUUAACAUCCGAAAAUAAUCAAUUAAAUUUAGUAAUACUAGGUAGCAAUGGACUUGGAAGUGAAUUCGCUCAGGAAAUAAAAAUGCAAACAGAUGACGAUGAAGUGGAAAUUGAUUGUCAGUUAUAUACACUCGGUUAUCGAGUUAUUGACGGUGACGUUGGAUUACCGCACAAUUCAUUUACAACGUCGGAUUUUAUGCCACAUGGUUCAUUCUGUAUCUACGCAAAUGAAGACUCAUUUGAAUACAUACGGUUGUCGUUGGAAAAAACAUUGCUUUCAAAUUUGGAGCAGGAAGAUCGAUUGCCAUUUCAGGGAUUACCAAUAGUAAUAAUGUUCGUACCUGACAUAACUAUUGACGAAAUGGAGGCAAUGAGACUACGGGAGGAGGGACAAAAUUUAUCUGACAGUUUACAGUGUCCGUUCAUCGACGUCUGUGUCGAAGAUUUGGAGCCAGAUAAGCGCUUUCCUCACUCAUUAGUCAAAGAGGCCCUUCAGCAGCUCAUACAGUCGAUUAAUCAUCGUGCUGGUUUUUUAAAUAUUUACCAAAGUGUUAUUGAAUGCCUGGAACCCGAUAUCAGAAUAAUAAUGUGUAUGUUUUGCGGUGAUCCUUACUCAGUGGAAAAUGUUCUGGGUCCUCUAUUAAGCCAUCAGUGUUGUUUUUUAAGCGGUGAAAAGUCAAUUGUUCUUGAAACAUUUCUCGGCGACUCUAAGCGACGUGUUGAAGUUAUUAUAUCGAGCUUUCACGGUGCUAAUGCAUUUCGUGAUGAAUUAGUUCAUGGCUUUAUUUUAGUUUACUCAACUAAAAGAAAAGCUUCUUUAGCAACUCUCAAUGCAUUUUCAAUGAACAUCCCAAAUCUACCAAUUCAAAUAAUGGCAGUAACGGACACCGGCGGUGCAAACGCUUUCUUCAGUAAUGAUCUAUCUCAUAUGCUUAUCACUGAAGGAAACGCAACCGCAGACCGACUUCAAGCGCAUUUCAUGACUUCAGCUUCUAGUUGUCAACAAAAAACGGCAUUUUACACGCCAUUCUUCAAGGAAGUUUGGGAGAAAAAACCCGAAAUCGAGCAAGCUUUUAAUAUGGAAGAACCCAGUAAUUUAAAUGACAGUGGUGAAGGUACUUUGGAAUACUCGGCAUUACAUCCGAUGCCACCACCAAGGCAUGAGAGUUAUCAUCUUCAGACUCCAGACGAUGGUAUGUCUGUAACUUUCAGAAGUGGAUCGGAGUCGUACGAGCAAUUGACGCCUGAUGGUGAACUCGGAGAUACAGUAUUGAAUGAACAAUUUAAUGAUCAUCGGGCCACACCUAGCGAUGACAGUGAUAUUUACAGUCAAGUUGAUUUUCAUCGGGAAGAAAGAGAACGUGAGUUACUCAAAGGCGGGGACUUUGCUAAUAAGUUAACAGGAUGGGUGAAAGAUACAUUCAAUAUGCAUCACGAUGGAGUAUCAAACACGUACUCGCACCGAGCAUUUACUACAGGCCGUAGAAACAUCUCGCAGACAAAGUCACGACCGAAAGGCAACAGCCAAACGUUAAAACAACCGGGUAAAAUAAAUUUAAAAGACUUUUCUAACGUGACGGAUGCGAUAGCACGUAUGAGUGUUGGAGAAAAAAUGGAGCAUGGUUCGAAAAUGAUGGGCCAUGCGCCGCUAGCUACUCCGGAACUUGUAGAUCUUGAGUACGCUCAUCCCAAAGACGUUGUGACUAAUCUUUAUCCGGCUUACGAGGGAGAGUAUGCGUACGCUCUUGUGCAGGAUUCUAUUUCGAAUAAUAAAUCUAAAUUACGGCAUAGACGUGAAAAAGGUCAACCUUCAUACAGCGAUUCCGACUCGGAGUGGAGUUCACUGGAGCGUCAGCGGGCGGACGCUCUCAGCAAGACGAAUAAAAAACCCUCGAGUUACAAGCGGACACGUAAGAAACGUACCGCAAUACCAGUAGCAACUCCAAAAGUACCUUCUCUAGCUAGUAUGGUCAGUGGAGACGGUAGCAUUGGUAUCAAUUUCACCAAGGACGACAAGAAUUGGCGUAUUGAUCCAACUGAACGUGUAUCAAGUGAAACACCAGAUAGUUCUGAGUCAAGUGAACCAGAGCACGGUACAAGAUCAAGAUUAAAACCAAAUAAACAUGCCGGUGCGGUUAGUGUGAGAAAGAGAUUUGGAAAUUCAGCGGCUACGCUGCAGCAUCCCUUCAACCUAAAACAUGUGACUCAGGAUAUGUUCAGUGUGUCCUAUGAUGAAUCCAGUCUGGACGUCUCUUCACCUCGGGAAAUAAAUUCACCUAGUUUUGGAAUAUUAACGAAGGGUAAGGACUGUGACAAGCUGACGCGCAAGAAGGACAAGCAAAAGGCUAAGGAGGACGAGAAGUUGGAAAAGCGAAGGCAGAAAGAGGAGAAACUCAAAAAACAUGCAGAAAAAGAGCGAGAGCGCGAGAAAAAGAAGCAGGAGAAGAUUAAACAAACCAAAGGACCUGGUGGUACUGGGGGCGCAGGUGCCUCUUUAACGGGUCAAAGUCAAUUGUCACUCAUUGAAGAUUUCGCACAGAGUGAAACAAACCGGAUACCCUUAUUUUUGGAAAAGUGCGUGCGGUUUAUUGAAGAAGAGGGACUGGAUUCUGAGGGAAUUUACAGGGUUCCUGGAAAUCGGGCUCAUGUUGAGUUACUUUUCCAGAAAUUCGAAGAAGAUGGUAAUGUUGAUAUACAUCUAUUGGACAUUCCGGUAAACGCAGUUGCAACAGCACUCAAGGACUUCUUUUCAAAGCGAUUACCACCACUUAUUGACAAGGAACGUAUGAUUGAAUUAGAAAAUAUCUCUGGUGCAAGGGGUACAAGUAAGCCAAUGUCUGCAACGGGUAUGAAUAUGGAAGAUCCUAGCUGUAGAUUACUCGCCUUACGAUCAAUGCUUAACCAAUUAAACCCAGUUAAUUUUGAUGUUUUGAAAUUUAUAUUUCAACAUUUCGUAAAGGUGGCUGAGAACUGUAAGUUAAAUAGCAUGGAUAGUAAAAAUUUGGCAAUUUGUUGGUGGCCGACGUUAUUGCCAAUAGAAUUUAACGACUUGGGUAGAUUUGAAGCCAUGAGACCUUAUUUGGAGGACGUUGUUCAAACGAUGAUCGAUCAGUAUCCCUUUCUUUUCUGUGACAAAGAAGCUAUCGUCAUGGUCUAGUAAUGGACUAUCACUAUCAAUAUACAACAAAUUAGGAUCUAUAUUAAUGAAAAAAGUACAUUUUUAAAUCACAGAGGUUUUAUUCCUCUUUUAAUAAUAAUAAUACUAAUACUAAUAAUAAUCAUUAAAAUAUACAAAGCAAAUAAAUUUGCACUAGUCCAAUUGUACUGGGUUAAAAAAUCGGUCAUAAUUUGAAGCGUCAAAAAAUUUUUAAAUAUAUUAUCAUCGGUCGAGUUAUAACAACGAGUCAAUCAUGGUGUCAUAUAAGUAUGCAUGUAUUUUAGAAAUAUUAUAUAUAUUGACGGUUUUAUUAAUUCAUUUCAAAUACUAAUCAUUUUUAGGAUGUAAGUUGCGAAUAAUUUUUUAGCGUCUUUCAAAUUUUUUUUUCGCAAUUUAUUUA